AUGUCUAAGCCUACUGUGCUCAUCGUUCACGGCGCUUGGCAUACGCCCGCACACUAUCAACCCUUCGUCGACGUGCUCGAGGACAAGGGUUACCCGUGUGUUGUCCCUAAACUUCCGUCAGGAGACACCCUGACGCCAGCGAGCGCUCCUGAGGAUGACAUCCGUCUCGUGAGAAAGAUAGCCUCAGACCUGACAGAGCAAGGCAAAGAUAUCGUCGUCCUCGCCCACUCUUACGGCGGAACAGUCUCGACAGAGGCUCUCAGCGGGCUCGGCAUCAAAGACCGAGCCGUUUCCGGAAAGGCUGGCGGUGUCCGCUUGCUCGUAUACCUUGCCGCCUUCAUCGCCGCCGGGGAAGAGUCGCUGGAAGAUUUCGCGCCUCCGGGCAUGUUCCCCUGGUUGCGCCUCAACGAAGACAAAACUGUCGCCACUUUGGCUCCCGACGCCAGUGAUCUGUUCUACUCAGACGUGCCCAAAGCAGAGCACGAGAAGUGGGCGAGCUUGUGGACAGCAACUCCCGCCGCGUGCUCACAGUAUCGCACAAAAAGCUUGGCAUACAAGAACAUUGACACGGCAUACAUCCACACUGAGCACGAUGCUGUGAUCUCCGCGGAGGCGCAGCGCAUCUUGGUCGGGAGGGUGAAGGACCUCGGGGUCGAGAUCCGGGAGGAGAGCCUGCCGUCUGGCCAUUUUCCUUCUAUCAGCAUGCCCAAGGAGUUUGCAGACCUUUUUAUUCAACUGAUCGGGGAUUGA